UUGUCAAGCGAAGCUUCUCUUUGUAUGCUACGCGGCGGCUGGAGCUACCCAAGUCAAUCGCACCGGUCAAACAUUUUGCCUAGCGCGCCAAGACUUCGAACAGCCCGCACUUGGAGUUCGUUUUCAGAAUUGUUCGCGAGCGCAGAGUGCCCCACCGUGAGGAGAGAAGAAUCGACAAUCACAAAUACAAUGGCACCUGCAUCCCUUCUCGACCUUGUCUCGGCUUUGCCGAAUAACGAUCAAUGGGGACCCCAAAUCUCUACCGAAACCAUGCUGGGCGGCGUACCCUAUGCGCCCUACUCAAAGGCCGACAAACUCGGUCGCAUGGCAGACUGGACUGAGGGUAAAGGUGGGGAAAGACAAGGUCGCCAAAACUAUGGAAACCGAAACUAUAGGGAUCAGCAAGUGUACGGUGCAAACCAACAAACAAAUCCCUUCGCUAUUCAGGCCGCCGAAGAGGAGGCUACUUUCUCCGUUGUCGACAAUACUCGCACAUCGACGAGGACUCGAGGCUUUGGAAGAGGUGGCGGUACCGUGUUCGGCCGUGGACGUGGCCAGCGAGGAGGACAGGCUCAGCGUGGAGGACGCGGCACUUUCCAACGGGUUGGUGGGCGCGGUGGUCAGCAAUACGAUAACCGUGGUGGACGGGGCGGUAGAGGAGGACGGCGCUUCGGAUGGAGGGAUGACAAACCUCAACGCAACCGCGAUGCUUCGGUGCAGGUCAAGCCUGAUUGGCAAGUGCGCGAGGAAAUUGAUUUCGCGCGUCUGGCUAAGCUGAAUCUGGCCACCGGUGACGGCGAGGACCUCGACAACUAUGGCUUCCUCUACUAUUACGACCGCAGUUACGACAAGCAGCCUGGUGCUGUUACGUCCCAGCGGAAGCUCAACGUUCUUGAACGUGCUGCCUACAAUGUUACGACCUCGAGCGAUCCCAUACUUCAAGAGUUGGCCGAGAAGGAUGAAGCCACGAUCUUCGCUACCGAUAGCAUACUCUCCAUGCUUAUGUGUGCUACCAAAUCCGUCUACUCGUGGGAUUUGGUCAUCACGAAAAGAGGCAACAAGCUUUUCCUCGACAAGAGAGAUGGUUCCAACUUAGAUAUGGUCACAGUCAACGAGAAUGCCACAGAUGCACCUCUUGAGAUCUCCGAAGGAAACAAAGACUCGAUCAACGCCCCUGGCGCACUUAUGCUGGAAGCCACCCACAUCAAUAAUGUCUUCCCCCUACAAGUGGUCAACGAGUCGCAAAGCCUGAAGGUGAACAUGACACACGAGCAUCCGUUCUACAACGAGGAAGAAGAAAGCGAUCCUCCGGCUUCGAAAGCUUACAAGUACCGAAGAUUCGAUCUGUCAUUGGACCAAGAUGAGGAGCCUUUGCACCUUAUCGUGAGAACUGAGCUUGAUGCUGUGGUCAAGAACAACAUCAACGGUGAGGACCAGUACAUGACUAUCAAAGCACUCAACGAGUUCGACAACAAGGCGCAGGGCAGUGGUGGUGCUCUUGACUGGAGGACCAAGUUGGCCAGUCAGCGAGGUGCCGUUCUCGCUACGGAGAUGAAGAACAACUCCUGCAAACUUGCACGAUGGGCAACUCAGAGCAUCCUUGCUAAGGCCGAUACUAUGAAACUUGGCUUUGUCUCUCGUACCAACCCUAAAAACAACAACGACCACGUUAUUCUUGGUGUCCUGACCAACAAACCCCGUGACUUUGCCAAUCAAAUGGCGCUUAACCUCAACAACGGCUGGGGUAUCGUGCGUACCAUUGUCGACAUGUGCCUCAACAUGGACGAAGGCAAGUACGUUCUUGUGAAGGAUCCCAACAAAUCGAUUCUUCGCUUGUACUCUGUUCCCGAACACACUUUCGAGGAGGACGCCGAGGAGAGCCAGAUCCCAGAGGAUGAUGCGGAGGAGUAA